AACCGGCCUUGCGGCUUCAGGCGGGCGUUUCGCUUCGUCUUCGUGCAAAACAAAAUGCCGUUUUGCUGAAAGGAAGAAUGUGGUGGUGGCCCGCUUGAGAGAGUGUUGGAAGUCGGAGCUCUGAAGGGAGAGGGGUGUAGGUGUCUGUAGCGAGGAAAUUGCGCUGCAAACAGCGCGUUUCCCCCUUACGGCGCGGCUUGGAGCCGGCGGGCUGCCCGAGGGCAGGAGGCUUUUAUUUGUGGGGAGCGAGCUCAGGUCAUGCUCCCCUGUGGUUCCCCGGCCACCAGGCUGCUCGGGAAGGUCUCGUCGCCGAGAGGCGGCGAUGUGCCGAAGGACACCUGGUGGACACAAGUCUGAAAUGCCUCUGCCGCAGCUUUUCGGCAGCCCGGAGACGGCUUCUCCUCACCUCUAGAUGUGGAGUUCCUUCACUGUUUUGCCUACAAGUCCUUGGCAGCUUGGUACUUGGUGGCCUCUUGUCAAGCUACUCCCCACUAAGCUGCAGCCCCUUUUGGCUGCGGCAGGGGGGCUGUCAGCAGCGCAGAGCCAACCUGUCCUGGCACUGCCAGCACCCGUGUCCGGGGGGGUACCCCUCCUCAACCACAGCAACUUAGCUUGUGAGGGCACAGUGGGGGCCAAGGAUCGCUGACCAGAAAGCCACCCUCAGUUAAAAGUCAUCUGGACCGCUUCAUUCUGGUUUGGCAAAACUUCAGUGGUGGCACACACGGAUGUGCAGAACAUCCUCUCCCAAAAUAACCUUCUGAUGGGUUACAGGGUGAGAAAUCGUCUUCGUGUUCAGCUGCGCUGGGGGAGACACAAACACUGCAUGUAAGGUGGAUAUCAAAAAGUAUCUGCUGUGUCAGAGGCACCAGUUCAGUGAGUGUUUCAAGUUGACUAGUUCGAGGAGUGAUUUCUAGAGAUUCUGAGAAUUUCAUUAAAGUCAUUUUAAUUAGAGCAAAGAUAUUUUAAAACCAUGAAAAAACUCAAGCUAUCGUGCAGUAAAACUGGUAGGGUGUGCUGUAUCUUGGUUGUGAACUUUUCUUGAGAGGGCAGAUGGAUGUAAAUGAAGAUAUAUGGGGAAGAUGAGAAGAACAUCUGCCUUUCUCAGCUCUCUAUGAGAAAUGUACAAGCAAGGCAAAAAUAAAACUGAGCCACUGAGCUUGUUUCAGCUUGUGGUAGGUGUAGGAAAAUUUCUGGAAGUCCCUUUUCUCUCUCUUCGGUCCAGAUGCACAGAUCAAUGGAGCAUUUAACUACCUCUGCUGUUGACGUUUAAAUUUUUCUGUAGUGUGCUGAAACACAUGUUGAAACACAGACAAACGCAAACAGCCACCACGUACGCCCAGCAAUCUGUUUCCCGGUGGAUUACCUCCUUGAUUCCAUAGCUGUUAUUUGUCCCCUUUAUUUUGACAUUUAAUGUGAAAUUAUGCUAGGCGUUAGUUAUUUACUGGGAUUUUUAAUCUUGACCAAUACACAGGCAAGUAUUUGUUUAUCAUCUCUCGCCCUCUCUCUCUCACGCCAAGGGUGAUACAACAGAAGAAAAUGUAGCAUGAGAAAAUCACAAGGCUUAGCUAAUUUGUGAAGUGCUGUCUGCAGUCCAGCGUUUUUAUCAUCCUUUGCUGUGAAGAACUGUUAGGAAGAAACUGAAAUGCUCACUGAAGUGAGCUAUCUGCAGGGUCUGAUGAGCACUCAUCUGCUGUGGUUGAUUCCUUGUGGGGUACAGACAGUAGUAAUCCCAGCUCUUGGUGUUUGUCAACCACUCCCGUUCCUGUCUCAUUCUGAAAUCCUGGUGAACAAAAAGACAACUGGCAAGAUGUGUGAAGGGGAUACGAUUAAUACAUUUUGCCGUGAAAGUUUGGUUGUAAUACCAAAUCAACGGGCUUUUUGCCUUCCUUGUUUUCACUAUCUAAGCAGCAGGAUCAGUCUUGAAAAGGCCUGGGGGGUUGGGUUUACAAAACGGUUGGGUUUCUAACGUUGUUUGGAUACAUUAAGUGUAAGAAGAUCGGUGAGGAACAGGGAGAGACAAAACCAAUAACUCAGCAGUGUUUUGCAAAGGGUUACUCCAAGGCACGUUCUUCUGAAUAAUGAUGAAUUGCUUCCUGAUUUGUGGUCAGUGACUUUUUUUGGUGUAAUUACUGUCAAGAAGGAAGCUGAACAACUAGAGUACAUUUCUUAGACCUAGCAUAGUGGAGCAUUUUCAUCAAAACCCUUACGCCUUUUUGACCAAACCCACUUGACAUAUGUUACCGGAACUGCUGCCUCCUUUUUAUAAAAGAGGGUGAUCUGUGAGUACAUGUCUCAAAGCCAUUUCGUAUUCUGUUUUGUAUGCCACUGUAUGCUGGUGAGAGAAUUGUCACUGGAGUUAUAAGCAAAGAGUACAUCCCAAAAGGAACGCGCUUUGGACCUCUGGUAGGAGAGAUCUAUACCAGCGAUACGGUUCCCAAGAAUGCGAACAGAAAAUACUUUUGGCGGAUCUAUUCAGGUGGUGAGCUCCACCACUUCAUUGAUGGAUUUAACGAGGACAAGAGCAACUGGAUGCGUUAUGUAAACCCGGGCUACUCCGUUCAGGAACAGAACUUGGCUGCUUGUCAGAAUGGAAUGAACAUCUACUUCUACACCAUCAAGCCCAUCCCCGCCAACCAAGAGUUGCUUGUGUGGUAUUGCCGAGACUUUGCAGAGAGGCUGCACUAUCCCUCGUCCAGAGAGCUGACAAUGAUGAACCUCACACAAACCCACGUUAAUCCAAAGCAGCACAGUGCUGAUAAAGAUGAGCUCUGUCAGAAAAGCAUCCCAAAGAAGGAGCACAGUGUGAAAGAAAUCCUGAAAAUGGAGUCCAAUCCUCCAAAAGGAAAAGACUUCUUUCAGACCAACAUUUCACCAGUUACUCCAGAAAAAGACUUGGAUGAUUUGCGUAAGAACUAUAGCCCGGAGAGGUGUUUCUUCCCUCGAGUUGUGUACCCGAUCCGACCUCACAUACCAGAAGACUAUCUGAAAGCUUCCUUAGCAUACGGGAUGGACAGACCCAGCUACAUUACUCACUCGCCCAUCCAGACGUCUACGACGCCGAGUCCUUCCGGGAGGAGCAGCCCAGACCAAAGCUUAAAAAGUUCAAGCCCUCACAGCAGUCCAGGGGUCACGGUUUCACCUCUGGCACCUACUUCCCAAGAGCACAGAGAGCCGUACUCUUACUUGAAUGGAUCGUAUGGCUCAGAAGGAUUGGGGUCUUAUCCUGGAUAUGCACCCCCUGGCCACCUCCCACCUGCCUUUCUACCGUCCUAUAGCCCCCACUACCCCAAAUUCCUGUUACCUCCGUUCAACAUGAGCUGUAACAACCUGAGUGCUUUGAACAAUAUCAAUGGCAUCAACAAUUUCAAUCUCUUCCCAAGGAUGUAUCCUCUUUACGGCAACCUGCUCAGCGGGGGCAGCCUUUCCCACCACAUGUUGACCCCCACCACGCUCCCCAGUUCGUUGCCCAGUGAAGGAGGCCGUCGAGUGCUGCAGCCUGAUCAUCCAAGAGACUUCCUCAUACCCGCCCCCAACAGUGCCUUCUCCAUCACGGGCGCUGCUGCCAGCAUGAAGGACAAGCCCUGCAGCCCCACCAGCGGCUCCCCCACAGCUGGUACAGCAGCCAGUUCAGAACACAUAAUGCAACCUAAACCUACCUCAGUGGUGUUGGCUGCCACCGGCGGUGAAGAAGCCAUGAAUCUCAUUAAAAGUAAGAGGAAUGUGACUGGUUACAAAACCCUCCCGUACCCGCUGAAGAAGCAGAACGGGAAGAUCAAGUACGAAUGCAACGUUUGCUCCAAGACCUUUGGCCAGCUCUCCAAUCUGAAGGUGCACCUCCGAGUACACAGCGGAGAGAGACCGUUCAAAUGCCAGACUUGCAACAAAGGCUUCACGCAGCUGGCUCACCUCCAGAAGCACUAUCUGGUACACACGGGAGAAAAACCCCACGAGUGUCAGGUUUGUCACAAGCGAUUCAGCAGCACCAGCAAUCUCAAAACCCACCUGCGGCUCCACUCUGGAGAGAAGCCUUACCAGUGCAAGCUCUGCCCGGCCAAAUUCACCCAGUUCGUGCACCUGAAGCUGCACAAGCGUCUCCACACUCGGGAGCGUCCCCAUAAAUGCAUCCACUGCCACAAGAGCUACAUUCACCUCUGCAGCCUCCAAGUCCACCUGAAGGGCAACUGCCCCGUUGCCCCUGCCUCCGGGCUCUCCAUGGAGGACCUGAACCGAAUCAACGAGGAGAUCGAGAAGUUCGACAUCAGUGACAAUGCCGACAAGUUGGAAGAAGUGGAGGACAAUAUCGACUUGACAUCGAUUGUGGAGAAGGAUAUACUGACCGUGCUCAGGAGGGAAAUGGAAGGAGCAAACCUGAAAGCAUCCCUGCAGAGGAACCUGGGAAACGGACUUCUCUCCUCAGGAUGCAACCUUUACGAGUCGUCAGAUAUGUCCAUUAUGAAGUUGCCUCAUGGUCACCCACUACCUCUGUUACCUGUAAAGGUCAAGAAAGAAACAGUUGAACCAAUGGACCCUUAAGACUUUUUGGCAAAGUGAUUUUUUUUGUUUUUUAAUUUAUGACUUGGCAAGUCAGGGUGCCUGUAGCAGUUGCUUGUACAUAGUUUCAAUGCUGCAAAGCAAUCUUGGCUUACAGUAGUUUCCCUACGCUUUCCAGCUGAAAGAAGGAACUCCAAAGUUACUGUUUUCUCAGGGCAUAAAAAGAGGCAAAGGACUGUGCUUUGCCUCGCCAGUUACUAAAAGACAAUCAUCUAUCCAUAAUUAUUUUUUCAAUGAUAGUACUUCAUAAUUUAUUAUGCAAUUAAUCUUUCUAAAAAGCAAUAAUUAGGAAAAUGUUUACAAUGACUGGAAAAUUCAUUGUAAUUUUUACUUUAAAUGUUUUUAUUUUAUGUUUUAUGGCCAUUCUUUGUAGAUAUUUGUUUCUGCACAUCUGUAUUAAGAACCUAAGAUUGGGGUUUCAGCAAAUACGUUUUAUGUACCAAUGUCUUUAAAACAAAUGUGGUUUUUCGUAUUGCCAAAGUUGGACAUUUGACAUGCAGAAUACUAGAUCCAUUGGUUUGAAAAUAAUGUUUUGUGCUUUUCUGUGCAAAUCACCCCACUGGGAACUGAGAAGGAAAAUACCAAAACAGAGUAGCAGCGAGCAGGGAAGAAACUGCUCCCCUGCGUCUCUGAGGAGAGGAGAGGAGAGAGAUCCUUCUCCCUGCAGCUCUGCCUGGAACAGAUGUGGCCCAGCAAACACCUCCCUGCCAUGGACAGUACCAUAGGUUUGUAGAAAACAGCUAUAGCCCCACACAUUGACAUGUAAUUUUAUGACCAAAGGAACGCAUCAGCUUAAAGUGGCUUUUCCAGAAUAAAAUCUCACUCACCUUAUUUUGUUUCCAAAAGCAGUUUAAAAGCAAACACACAGAUAUUCUUAAUAUUCUGCCUAAAAGAAGGUUUGUGGCAGACUUUUUUCUUCUCUCUGUUUUUUAUUCUUUUGGCCAGAGCUUUCCAGGGAUGAAAAAAAAAUAGAUGGUCAGAUUCCCUGAGAAAAAAGGGGUUCGGUUUUACUUGUAUUUUCCUCUCCCACUUUGCCUGGGUAGAAGUGGGGAACAAAGUCCUUUCCCGGCACAUACGUCGUCGUUUUUUUUUUCUUCCUUCCUGUACGACUCAGAUUUUUCUCAGUAUUUGUGUUUGUACAUUUUGUGGUUAAUUUAAUUAAAGAAGAAAAGGGCAUUGCAAAGUUGUUGAACAACAAUUACCUCAGUGCUUGUGUCCAGUGGUGCAGACAAUGCUGUUUUAUCUAAAUGCUUUGCUACUUUAGAGAAGAAACCAAAAUGUGCACAGGGAAAGACAGAAUGCACAUCCUUUUAUCUUUUUGUUUUGCUAAGCCCAAAGAUGAUAUGGUGACAUUUGAGGUGUAGCAAAGAAUACAUGUAUAUUUAUAGAUAUAUUUAUACCACUAUACGAUAUAUGUAUAUGUAUAUAUAUUUAUACCACAUAAGUUGUGAGCCAAACCAUGUAAUAAAACCUAUUUUUCAUCUAAGUGUGAAAAUCAGCUGUUAUCCAGUUUCGCAUACUACCAAUGACCUCAAAACCAGAAGGUUGUGCCGAGGCAUCGAUCGCUGGCGGGCGCAGCCGCUCGGCUGAAGCCUGAGCUGGCAAACCCCUCAGGUGAAUAAUGUCACCCCCACGGGGCGAAUUUGGUGGGAAUGACCCUGUUUGCAGGAGCGAGGGGGUCAUCAGGCCCCUGCAGUCUGUACUGGGGGGAAGGAGGCGGGUGGACAGUCAAUGAACAGCCAGAAAACGUCCGUGAAGGAACUUGAAGCCAAAUCUGCCCCAUGCGUGGUGUGUUCACAAGACACGGCGAGGGGCAGGGUGGAAGUUGGGGAUGAGCCCCUCGGCUCAUUUGCUAACGAGCUGCACGCUCAACUCACAUAAAUACAAGUAGCAUUAUUACACACCUCCCCUCCGUGUAUAUCUUUUUGUCUUGUUAUUUUCUCCAAACUUUGAAGUAGCCCACGUCAGCAAUCCAGGAUUUGGUGAUCUUUUUUUUCAGUAAACUUCGUUUUAAUGCCUUCUGUUAAAAAACGAUAGUGAAAUACAGUUUGCUCAACACAGCUCUUGAAGGACUACAGUUCAUUACAUUUCCACUCCUGCAAAUUGUGAGGCUGACAUCUUUUAAAUGUAGCAAUAGUUCGUAAAUAUAGUACUUACUUGUAGGAUAAACCAAAGUAUCACUACUCUGUCACUGGACACACACUCUUUCUAUUAUUUGCCUGUAGUGCUUUCUUGUAUUUGAUACAAAUUUUACAAGAAUUUAUAUGCAUCAGCUUUAAGAAUUGUUACUUCUCUUUACUGUUUCCCCUUUCCCUUAGAAGUUUUACAUGUGAAUGUAGCAACAAUCAACAGUGUUUUGGGGUAUGGUUUUUUUUUUUGUCUCUCUUAUGAAAGACUCUGACCAAAGUUAACAGGCUUUUUACUUCGCUAGAACAACAAACUAUCAUAUGUUUACGUAUUGGUUUACAUCAUUAUUUAUGUGCAAAUUGUCAAAUGUAAAUUAAAUAUAAGUGUUCAUUGCUUUA